AUGCUAGUGUCUCUUAUGACGUGCGCAUCGUUUUUUCUAUAUGUCAAUUGGAGGUUCAGCACGACCCACGCGCCGUCGCCCAUUCUAGCCGAGUUGAUGGGCCAACCUCUCCUCCGGACUCUCGAGGUCAAAGCUGGAGAAUGUGAUUUCACUCCAGCAUUCGAUCCUUAUCAAACCAACUAUCAACUACAUAUUGAAUAUGAUCAGCUCGUCAUUAUGCUGCGCGCGACUCCGUUCACCGACGAUAUUCUUCUGAUUGUCGAGGGCAGCCCUCUUCAAAAUGAUCAAUGGUUGAAUUACACAUGCGGUGCGGGGCAAACGAAUCUAUCAAUUCAUCUGACUUCGAAAGAUACGGCCCGCAUCCUGAGCAACUACGUGAUCAGCAUUACUCGCAAACGCCAUCAAGUAUCCUCGAAUAUCAGCGUCCUGAACGUGUGCCAGAUGAUGCAGGAUUGCGAUAUGCGGAUCGAUCAGAGCUAUGGCUGCGGAUUAGGACCACUUGCUCCACGCGCGUCCUUGAGCUGGGCGGCUUUUUGGAUAGGCAGAAAACAUCUCCCUCUGUGCAAGAAUGGAUUCUCCACAGAAGCUCGAUGGCUGGUUCCGUGCGGGAGUUGUUCAUCUAGCAAGACAUGCGCCUGGGAUGAAGCUCGGUGGACGUAUCCAGAUUGUCAGCACAUGGAAACUCCGCGCGUUGUCUUGCAACACUGUCUCUCAACCGCCAAGAUACUUUUCCUCGGGGAUUCCACGCUGCGUGGCAUGAUGUACGAGGCGGUUCAACAGCUCGAUGGAUCCUUGGCUCGCUGGGAAAAGUCACAUGAUAUUGCUGUGUAUAAUCAGACAAAUCGGGGGAACACUGUAUUCGCGUUUGCGUACUAUCCGAAAUUCUGGCGUCGAGAAUUGCCGUCUUUCGAGUGGACCUUGAAGAAGCUUAUAGAUAGGGUUCCUGCCUCAAGAAUCAAAGGGGAAGACAUGGUCCUAGUUUUGGGAGGAGUACAUUGGCUCACCAAGACACACAUGGAUGCAGCUUUGAAGCUGUUGUCAGAGCAGGGUCUUCACGGGGCCAGGAUAGUGGUGAAAACAUUGGGUGCCGGCUUCCAUCAGCGCGUUCAUGGCGUCCACUUCCUCCCAAAGGAGAGCUUGAAGAAGAUAGUCUCGCAUAAUCAGCACAUCAUUACUGCAUCUCUUCAGCGAGGUUUCGCAGUCGUUGAUACACUCCGCAUGACGUACGCGAGGUACAAAGACUUCACUGAGGGGAAAUGCGCCUGUCAUUUCCAUAAGGUGAUGAAACUUCGGGCCAACCUGUAUCAGGUUGAAGGUUUAAUCAAUCGACAGUACACGAACAUGAUGCUCCAAAAUCUCUGCUCCUGAAGCUCAAGUUGGUUUCGCCUUCUUACUCGCAGUUUGUUAAUCGUGAUCUCAAAUAAGGAAUCCGGUUUGUGGCAUUUCGAUUCCCGGAUCUCGCGAGAAAGAAAGAAUUCCGCUUCAAAUACACAUACGCGUCAUCCUCAGCAC